CCAAGCGAACUUUGAGAAGGAAGAGCGGAGGAGGUUGUGCCCAGCGAGGAAGUUGACGGGGUAGACAGAGUGGCCGUCUGAGAAUCUAUCGUCGAUGACGAUACUUCGAAGGAGGUUGAAGAAGGAGAGAUUAUCGUCGAAGAUAGGAUGGUAGCCGUUGAUACGGAAGUUUGGGUCGAAGUUAUCGAAUUGGGAGAUGUUAAUGUAACAGUGGAAGUUGGAUCAGCAGAUCCUGUGGAAGAAGCUGUGAAAGAGGUACUAUUGGGAGAUUCGGAAGGAGUAUUUUGGCUAUUACUGGUGGUCGAAGUGCUUGUUGAAGUGACGGUCGCGAAGGUGGUUGUAAUCGAAGUAGACGGAGUUGGCUCGGUGGUGGUAGUAGUGGAAGUGGAGGGAGUCGGCUCGGCAGUAGUAGUGGUAGUAGUGGUAGUUGAUGUGGAAGGUGUUGGCUCGGUGGUAGUGGUGGAAGUGGAAGGAGUUGGCUCGGUGGUAGUAGUGGUAGUUGAUGUGGAAGGAGUUGGCUCGGUGGUAGUAGUGGUAGUUGAUGUGGAGGGAGUCGGCUCGGUGGUAGUAGUGGUAGUUGAUGUGGAAGGAGUUGGCUCGGUGGUGGUAGUGGUGGAAGUGGAGGGAGUUGGCUCGGUGGUAGUAGUAGUAUUGAUGUGGAAGGAGUUGGCUCGGUGGUGGUAGUAGUAGUUGAUGUGGAAGGAGUUGGCUCGGUGGUAGUGGUGGAAGUGGAAGGAGUUGGCUCGGUGGUAGUAGUGGUAGUUGAUGUGGAAGGAGUUGGCUCGGUGGUAGUAGUGGUAGUUGAUGUGGAAGGAGUUGGCUCGGUGGUAGUAGUGGUAGUUGAUGUGGAGGGAGUCGGCUCGGUGGUAGUAGUGGUAGUUGAUGUGGAAGGAGUUGGCUCGGUGGCAGUGGUGGUAGUUGAUGUGGAAGGAGUUGGCUCGGUGGUAGUAGUGGUAGUUGAUGUGGAAGGAGUUGGCUCGGUGGUAGUAGUGGUAGUUGAUGUGGAGGGAGUCGGCUCGGUGGUAGUAGUGGUAGUUGAUGUGGAAGGAGUUGG